AUGGACAACUAUUCUUUCGUCUGGUUACACAAAAUUAUCGAUGCAACGAACGAUGCUGAUCACCAGAAUUCUAUCACAAACUUACGACAGGUAGUUCAUAAUGUCAAUACAUUCGAUGAUAUGAAUAACUGCGUAGAUUUUAUCACUAAUUUUGAAAGCGAGGUCGUUUUUCUAAUUAUUUCGAUUGAGAGUACAUCCGAUAUUAUUCCUUUAAUUCACGAUCUUGUUCAAUUGAAAUUCAUCUAUGUUCUUGGCAAUGUUGAGGAUUUCUCCGAGAUGGAUGUGAAGCAAUGGUCGAAAAUAAAAGGUAUUUACGCGAAUAUAACAUUGAUUUGUGACUCACUCAGGCAGAUGAAUCGAAUUUAUGAUCAAAAUACGGCUUCCGUCGGUUUCGUGGAAUUAGAUGAUGUACUCUCAACGAAAAGUUUGAACGAACUCGAUCAAUCGUUUAUGUAUACACAAAUACUCAAAGAAAUCUUACUUACAAUCGAUUUCGAACGAGAACAUAUAGACGAAUUUCUCGCAGGUUGCCAUAAAGCAGAUGCGGAGAAAUUUCAAAAACGUAAAUAUUCUCGAGAUAAGGCAAUAUGGUGGUACACAUCCAGUGAUUUUAUCUUCGGACAAGUUAAUAAAGCACUGCGCAAUAUGGAAGUAGAUAUCAUCAUCAAAAUGGGAUUUUUGAUACGUGAUCUUCAUGAAAAUCUAGUUGCACUUCAUUUACAACAAUAUCCUCGACCUCAACAGUGUUCACAACUCGUUGUUUAUCGUGGGCAGGGCUUAUCUCAGAUGGAUUUGGACAAGUUAAUAAAAGGUGGAUUAAUAUCUUUUAACAAUUUCUUAUCAACAAGUACCGAUCGCAGCGUCUCUUAUAUGUUCGCGGAGAGUAAUGCAGAUAAUCCAGAUCUCUUUGGGAUAUUUUUUGAAAUUGCAAUCGAUCUAUCAAAUUCUUCGGCUUCUUUCGCAAAUAUUCGCUGUUGUAGUGAACAUGAAGAAGAAGACGAAAUUCUCUUCUCAAUGCACUCUAUUUUCCGUGUUACGGAUAUUAAGCGAGAUAAUCAGCCCUAUGAAGUGAAUUUAACAUUGACCGAAGACAAUGAUCCUGAAUUAAAUGCUUUAACCAAAUAUAUACGCGAAGAAACAUUUCCAAGCGAAAGAGGAUGGUAUCGACUGGGUGAAUUAUUGAUAAAGAUGGGCCAAUUCGAUAAAGCUCUACAAGUAUACGAAACUAUGUUGAAACAAACAGUCGACGAUGAGGAAAAAGCGAAUAUUUAUCUUCAACUUGGUUCGAUUGUAGCUGCUCAAGGGAAACAACAAGAAGCACUUUUAUAUUACGAUCGGUCACUUGAUCUAAAUCAAAAGAAUUCUUCAUUAAAUAAGAUCACUUUGGUUGCCUGUUACAACAACGUCACUUCUGUAUAUCACGACAUGGGCCAAUAUUCUCAAGCACUUGAAUAUUCGAAGAAAACACUUGAAUCUAUGAAACGAUAUCUUCCCCGGACAGUCGUGUUCGAAGCGCAUUCCUUGCCAAUGAUCGAAAAGUCGCUCGAAAUCUUUCAAAAUCUUCCUGCAAAUCAUCCUCAUUUAGCGAUUUCUUACAACAACAUGAGUAUGACUUCUUUUAAUAUCGGUGAAGAUUUCCAAGCACUUCAGUACGCUCUAAAAUCAUUUCUAAUUAACAAAAAAUCUCUUCCUCUCAAUCACCCUGAUUUGGCUAUUUCUUAUAAUAACUUGGGCUUAAUCAACGCUAAAAUGAACAAAUAUUCAGCAGCACUUUUCUGUUAUGAAAAGGCAUUGGAAAUUUAUCGAGAAACUUCGCCGAACCAUCCUCAAACAGCGACUUUUUGCGACAAUAUCGCUGCAGUAUAUUCUACAUUAGGUCAUUAUUCAACAGCACUAACGUAUUUACAAGAAUCAUUUGCAAUCAGAGGAAAAACUCUUGAUAGAAAUCAUCCGGAUAUCGCAACAUCUUACAACUGUAUCGGUAGUUUAUACCACCACAUCGGUAAGUAUUUCGAAGCCAUUUCGUGUUACCUAAGAGCACUCGAGAUUUACAAAGAUAUUCUUCCUUUAAAUUAUCAUAAUUUGGCUAUUUGUUAUAACAACAUCGCCAGUGCAUACAACAGCGACAAAAAGUAUUGGGAAGCACUAGGAUAUUAUAAAAAAACACAGCAAAUUUAUGAAGAGAUUUUACGUGAAAAUAAUCCAGAUUUGGCCAUUUUCUAUAAUAACAUCGCCUCUGUAUAUGACAGUUUGGAUGAAGAUUCGAAAGCACUUCUAUAUUAUUCGAAGGCACUUGACUUCUAUCAAACAAAAUCUCGUUCACCUGACCCAUAUUUAGCGAGUAUUUACAACAACAUUGGUAUGGUCUAUAAAAAACGAAAUCAUCAACUAGAAAUUGCACUUAUUUACUAUGACAAAUCGCUUCAAGUUAAACAAAAGAUCUUUCCAUCAGAUUACUUUGAUUUUGCUUUAUCGUACAAUAAUAUCGGUAUGGUUUAUUAUAAAAUGUGUAAUUAUUCAGAAGCAAUUCAGUAUUACCAAAGAGCAUUAGAAAUUUGUCAAAGCAACAAUCUUCCUCCAGACCAUCCUUAUCUGGCUACUCUUCGCAAAAAUCUCGCUCGCGCAUAUGAAAACGAAGGUUGA